AUGUCAAAAACAAUAAAAGAUGUACCGAAAGAAGCACAACCAUAUAUGCGGCUUCGCGCUCUAGUCGACUCUAAGAAAUACACUUUAAAACAAUUCUCUGCUGAGUGGGCUCUUUACCAUGCAGGUCUUCAUUGGCAAGAGGGGCUUUUACUAUACAGUAAAAUUGCUGUUGUCGCCCAACCUAGCAAUGAUCCUUCUACUUCAAAAGAAAAAGACGAGAAUCAAGCGCUUUUAGAUAGUUCUCUCGCGUACUUAUUUAAAGCUAUAAUUUUAUCGGAAAACAUUUCCUUUAUCUCGGCUUCGGCGUAUCUUGUUCCUUCGUUAUUCCUCGAGGAGAAACCGUUAAAUACACAAAUCGGUCGUAUUAUACAAACUGUGAGUGGAAUUGGAUCACAUAUUGGCGCAAUGCCUGAUGCCAAAUUCACGUCGUUAAUGUGGGAGUUACUAACUAAACUCGAAGCAAGUGAUACCGAUAUGGAACAAGCAUUGACUCUCUUCACCAAAAGUAUAAUGUCUAUAUUUUUAUGGGCAGAAAGUAUAAAACUAGAAGAACAAGUACGUUUAUUCCAACGUGGGAUAAUAUUUAUCGCUGCUAUGCGGAAAUUAUUAGCCUUGAAAUUACCAGAUUUUAUCGCAGGAUUCGCAAUUCAAGCGUUGAAUGGGAUCCCGGUAUCGACUGUGAUAGAGGGAAAACCAUUGCCAAGUUUGACGGCGAAAACACAAUUGUCGGAUACUGUGCGUGAAAAGAUUCUGAAAAAAGCUAUGGAAAAUGAGAACUUAAGUUUUUUGUUGAGCCUAGAGUUAAUUUCCGUAAUGUAUUUUCGAUCAGGUUCUGUGUUGUUAAAGAUGGACGGGGUGAAGCCUGAGGCUGUGAAGGUUACUUUACAAUGGGCUCUUGAUUUAUUGGAUGCAAGCAAAAACCCGGAAUUUGCUAUAUCUCCGUCUUUAUCUUCAUCUAAAACAAUAUCAGUCGAAAACGAUAAUGAAAAUAAUAAAGACUCUAAUCUAAAUUCUACAAAUAAACAGUCACCAUCUUUAGUUUUAUCUAUACCUAUUCACACACUUUAUCGGUCAGAUUAUUUAUAUUAUCUUUGUGGCGCGAUAUUUAAUCUUAAACAAUACCAACAAGCAAAAUGGAAAUAUCUAGACGUGGCAAAAGCGGGACGUGAUCAAAAUCGUGUGACAGCACUCGAGGCUUUAUACAGUGUUCCGAUGUGUAUUGCUUUGGGUGCUGAUAGUGUAAAAGAUCCAACAACAUUUGACGUGGAAGAAUUUCGAAAAGCUGCCAAGGAACCCGAUUCAUUGUAUAAUGAGUUGAAGGAGGAAGGCAUUUGGUUGGAGAUGCUCGAGUCUAAUCAGAAAAAUUUGAUUAUACAAUUACUUGAAUCUCUACCGGAAAAAGGAUCUUCCCCGAUAUUAUUAAUGGAAGGGACAGACUCUGAUGAAUCUCGAGAUUUCUCUUUUUUGCCACAAGAUUCUAUAUCAUCAGAGCAAUCAUCACCAUCAAAAAAUAAUUCGAAAAAAAAUACGACUUCAGAAACUUUAAAAAAUGUCGAACAAAAUUCAAGGAUAACACUUGUUAAAUGUGCUCAUUGUCAAAAAGCGGAUCCAGCUAUGCAGUGCCCGUGCAAACAGAAAGCCGUUGAAACUCUUGGUAUCGAAAGACGAAACCAAUACCUAUACUUGAACGAAUUGAGUGGAUCCUCAUCUGUAAUCAGCGCUAUGGAGAAGAAUCUCCGAAUCAGUUCUAACGUCACGUCAGACGAAACUCGAGAUCAAGAUAUGGUGGACGCGGAAUAUGAAAAUGAAACUCCAAAUGAUCCUGACAUCGAUAAUACUACCAAAUUGGACACUGUUACUAGAAGCACUUUGCCACUUAAACGCAUUAGGGAAGAGCCAGAGAAAAUCUCCGACGAUAAAUCAUCUAAUAAAAAAGCGAAGCAUUCUAAGGGAGGGUCUCACAUUGAAAACUUAUCAAAGAGUUAUCCGAUGUACCAAAAGAUUCGUCUCAGCCACCACCAUAUAUACCCACAUCGCAGAUUGAUACAACAAACCCUGAAGCAUUUAUUUCUAUAUAUCACAAUAUUAUAA